CAUAUGGAGAAAAGCAAUCAUACCACAGUGAUGCAGGUUAUGGAAUUUAUUCUCUUGGGGAUUACUGACAACCCUGUCCUGCAGGCACCAUUAUUUGGAAUCUUUCUGGUCAUAUACUUGGUCACAGUAGUAGGAAAUCUGGGCAUGGUCAUCCUGACCCAUUUGGAUUCCAAGUUGCACACCCCCAUGUACUUUUUCCUUAGACAUCUGUCAAUCACUGAUCUUGGUUAUUCCACUGUCAUUGGCCCAAAGAUGCUAGUAAACUUCAUGGUGCAUAAAAAUUCCAUUUCCUACAUUGGGUGUGCCACCCAGCUGGCAAUCUUUGAGAUAUUCAUCAUCACUGAACUGUUUAUCCUCUCAGCAAUGGCCUAUGAUCGCUGUGUAGCCAUCUGCAAACCUCUUCUCUAUGUGGUCAUCAUGAAAGAGAAAGUGCGUUGGGGGCUGGUGCUUACUCCCUACCUCUACAGCACAUUUGUGUCCCUGCUUCUCACGGUUAAGUUAUUCACCUUGUCCUUCUGUGGCUCUAAUGUCAUCAGGUAUUUUUACUGUGAUUGUUUGCCUCUGCUUUCCAUGCUCUGUUCUGACACACAUGAACUGGAACUGAUCAUUUUGAUCUUCUCAGGCUGUAACUUGCUCUCCUCCCUCCUGAUUGUUCUCAUAUCCUACACAUUUAUUGUAGUGGCCAUUCUCAGAAUGAACUCAAACGAGGGGAGAUACAAAGCCUUCUUUACCUGCAGUUCCCAUCUGACAGUGGUGGUUGUGUUCUAUGGGACAUUAUUGUUCAUUUACCUACAACCCAAAUCCAGUCAUACUUUUAAUAUUGAUAAAAUGGCCUCCGUGUUUUACACCCUGGUGAUCCCCAUGCUGAAUCCAUUGAUCUACAGUCUGAGGAACAAAGAUGUAAAAGAUGCUCUAAAGAGAACUUUAAUUCGAUUCAAAAUCCCCACUUAA